AUGAGUGCCCCAAAUUUUGGUCGCCCGACGCAAAACAGUACCGCUGCCGGCAGCACAACAAAUCCCAGCUCCGAUUACUUGGAGUAUGACAUGGUGGAUGACGUGAUCACGCCAAACCCCGAUCUCAAUAACUUGGAGGACAAGGACCAGAACCAGGACAUGCACAAGGAGGAGGAGAACAACCAGGGCCAAGAUCAGGGACACAACAACAACAGCAACCACAGCAACCACACACGCAAGCACACCCACAAGAACCGGAGCAACAAGAAUAUUUAG